GUGUCUAUGACUGUGUGUGACAGAAGAAAAAAAUUAAAAAUUCGCGAUGACAGGAUUUGUGAUACGUUUUUUACAGUGAAAAUAAUUUAGUUGUAAAUAAUAAUAAACUGAUAAACUGUAACAUAAAUUGGUCAUGAAAUCGUUUUGUGAGAGAUGAGUGUCUUUGGAGAUUUUCAGCGUGUCUGGGUGCAACGUUUUCCGGAUAGUGCUUUGCCAGCCGCUUGGGAGGAAGAUGUCAGAGCCAAUUUGGCUAAACACAAACAGAAAGUGGCUAUACUUAGAGAAGAAUUGGAGAAGGAAGAAUUCUACGUGGAAUACCUAGAAACAUUGUUGUCAGAUGUUGAAAAACAUAAAGCUGCAGCUCAAGGAAACAGAGGGGCUCCGCCCUCGGGAGCUGACGUGAUCGAACCUGAUGAUAAGACUUCAGAUAGCAAACAGGGUUCAAAUACGGACUCACUAUCGAAGAAAAGUGAAGUCAGUAUUGAUAGCAGUAAUAAGAGUGAUGACUCAACAGCUGAAACAGCUGAAUGUGAAGAUGUGCAGCUUAGAACGAAACCGGUCAGCGUGGGUGAGAGAAGCUCAGUGAACCAAUGUAUCAAUGAGCUCUCAUCAAAUCUUGCUGCUGAGGCAGCUCGUCGAAGAUGUAACAGCGAAGUGGUUCAGAGAACGGAGAGUAAUCGAGAUAUUAGUGCAGUAGGAAAAUCAAGUCCAACACAAGCCAAAAACCGUCCAGCGUCACAAGCGGGUGAUUUUGUAACUGUCAUCGAAGUAAAUGGUCUGAAAUUAGCAGAAAAUGCAGCUAAAAAAGCAGAAGAGUCACCGCAGUCUUCUGAAAGUAGCCCUGUUGAUCCAACAGCUAUUGCCAAGAAAAAAGUCCCACCAAAACCUCCACCAAAAGUGUUCAGUAAGCGCGGCGCGUCCUUGCCGGAGUCGGGGCUCGUCGACGACAGCCCGCCGUCCUCGCUCGGGAGGAGGAUCCGCAACGCCGAGUCCCGGGAGUCCAUCGCUAGUCGGGCUUCCACUCCCUCCAUCAGCGAAAGGGUGAAAAGCUAUGAGUCCAUCAACUCCCUAUCCUCCGAACGCAAGCGUUCCGGCGGCGCCGCGACCCCUCGCUCCAUAGACGAGGAGGUGACGUCGACCACGCCCGACCUGCCCGAGGGCGACAAGUCAGCGCCCAUCUCGUUGGAGAGCAUCCCCGCCGCAGUCCCGCUGGCCGAAGACGAGCCGUAUUACGACCAAGUGCCCGUGGAUAUCAAUGACGGCGAAUAUGUUUACAUUCAAGCAGGUGGAACCGGAUCGAGUGCAGAGGAUGCGUCGAGCGGCACCAGUACUCUGCCUUUGAGCGCUACGCCUUCCGCGCCCACGGCGCCGCGCGCGCCCGAGUCCCCGCCUUGUGCCGUCGCACCCAACUACGUCAACAUACACUACUUUAUACAGCAAGUGGGUGAAGGCCAAGAGCCAAGCGAAGCAGGGUCCGAACUGGCAGACUCCAGCGACACUCCACUGCUGCUGAGAACCAUCUCCUCCGACACGGAAGCCAGCGCCACACCGCCGGCUCUGAGAAAACUGCAGCACCAGGAGUCGAACAUCAGCAACAAUGAAGAAGCUGAGCGGCUUACCAUGCACCGAUGCAUUGUCUCUAGUAUCGUAGAAAGCGAAACGGUUUACGUAGAAUGCUUGUAUGUAAUGGAAAAGUAUAUGAACGCAAUAAAAGCCACUCUAUCGACGUCUCAACCGGUCAUUACUGAGGAGGAGUUUAACACAAUAUUUUACAAGAUAUCUGAGUUACAUGAACUCCAUAAGAAUUUCUUAGAAGGGUUAAAGGCAGCUGUCGCUAGUUAUGAAGAGCCUCUUUCGGUUGGCAGUCACUUCAAGAAGAUGGCUGAGAACAUAAACGUGUACGGCGCGUUUCUUCACAACUACGGGCGCGCGACGGACGCGGUGCGGCGUCGUUGCUCGACUUCGCAGCGAUUCGCAGACCUUACGCGACAAAUCGCAUGCCGAGGGCAGCCUAUGUCGCUCGACGACUUGUUGCACAAGCCCGUCGCAAGGGUCCAGAAGAAUGCCCUAGUAUUACACGAUCUCAUUAAAUAUACACCAGCAAGUCACCCUGAUCAUGCGAUGUUAACCGACGCCCUGAAUAUGACGCAACAUUUCCUUGAUGAAUUUAAUAUAAUACAAACAAAAUCUAUGUUCCCGAAUGCUGACCGCGCACAAAGAAGACUAGUUAAAAACUCGUUCAUUGUAGAGCUAUCGGACGGUCAUAGAAAAUUGAGGCAUCUGUUUCUAUUUAACGAUGUUAUUGCAUGUGCCAAAUACAAAGCGUCCGGUCGCGACAAGUUCACGUUCGAACUGAAGUGGUUCAUCCCACUGCCUGAUAUAGUGGUAGUGGAGGAAGACUCGGCGGUGGCCAACGCUAACGAUGCGAGAGAGACGUCGCCCGCCAACAUAGUCGCGCUCAAGUCCCAGGCCUCCACCGUGCGGGACCAGAUACUGGCUGAAGAACGCGCUUCACACGAUGAAAAGAAAAUGCGAAUCGGCGGCCGCGGCGCACUAGAGAAACAGCGUAAAAAGCUAGCUGAAUUGGAAGGGCAGCUAGUGCUGGCGUCUCCUAACCUCAUAUUCCGUGUGGGGGCGCGCGCCCCGGGCGGCUCCACGGCUCUGCAGCGGCAGCACAUAUUCUUCCUCAGUUCCGAGUACGAGAGGACGCAGUGGGUCGACUCCAUACAUGCUUUGCAGGCGUCUUCCGCGCCCCCAGCGGGCUCCAACACAGUCUCCAUGCUGGAGCUGCAGGCGUGGGUGACGGCGUGCCGCAGCUACCUGCAGACGGACAUGGGCUCGUACCUGCUGCGCAGCGGCCGCGACGACUCGCUGCUGCUCGGCGACCUGCAGCUGCACAUCGGCGGCAUGACCGCGCCGCUGGACACCGCCGCCGAUUACUACGUAGUGGUGGAGGUGGACUCGUACGGGCACUACUUCCGCAAGGCCAAGUCCAAGCUGGUGUGCCGCAGCGCGCAGCCGCGCUGGAACGAGAGCUUCACGCUCGACCUGGAGGGCUCGCAGAACCUGCGCCUGCUGCUGUACGAGGACGCCGCCCGGCCCGUGCUUAGGGGGAAAUGUACGCUGAAGCUGUCUCGCGAGUGGGUCGCAGAGAGUGCAAGCGGCGGCGUCUCCCGUGCCGUUAUGCUGGGCGGCGGGUCGCUGCCGCUGCGGCUGCGGUUGUUACCGCCCGAGCGCUCGGCGCGCCGCGUACCCAGCGCCAAGGCCGGCGCGCUGUUCGGCGCCAAGAUCACGCACGUGGCCAAGCGAGAGAAGCGCAACAUCCCGUUCAUAAUCAGCGCGUGCGUGCGCGAGGUGGAGCGGCGCGGCAUCCACGAGGUGGGCGUGUACCGCGUGUCCGGCAGCGCCUCCGACCUCAACCGCCUCAAGAAGAGCUUCGAGACCAACGCGUACGAGGCGGAGCAGUUGCUGAAAGAAGUUGACAUCCACUCGGUGACGGGCGUGCUGAAACUAUAUUUGCGCGAGCUGCCUGAGGCGCUGUUCACCGACGCGCUCUAUCCCGAGCUAUUACGCGCUUGGGGUGCCACACAGGGCGCCGGCACAUCAGUGGAGUCAGGCCCGGCGCACACGCGGCGCCACGCGCUACUCAAGUGCUACGCACAGCUGCCCGACCUCAACAAGAACUGCAUCGACUUCCUCCUCAACCACUUCGUCAAGGUGAACCAACACGAGGGCGAGAACAAGAUGUCUCUGCACAACCUGGCCACGGUGUUCGGGCCGACGCUGCUGCGGCCGGCCAGCGCGGGCGGCGCCGCCAAGCAGCGCACCGACCUGCUCGCCGCCGGCACCGUCGAUGCUAUGGCCCAGGCCGGCAUCCUGUACUGCCUGCUCCAGCAGCGUCAGUUGGCGGCGCAGCUGUCGUCGCACCACCGCACCACGCCGCUCCUUGACUAGGCCGGCUCCACGUGAGGUUAGCGAGACUAUACCGGGCCAGCCUUUAGCCUCAGCCCAACACUGUUCACCAUCGCUUGAGUUAAAGAUGAAUAAGGACUCAAAAAUAACAAUCGACAAAUGAUUUACAUCAUGAGGGUUUGAGACGCGACACGCCCCAAUCUACGCUAACCUGUAAUCUUACUAUCGGUGGCUCCACUUACUUUCAAAGUUUCAAUCACCGAUUUCGAUUCUGUUUACGCUCCGAACGACGCUAAAACAAGACACAGAAAGUUCGGGUCACUGGAAGACUUUUAGUUUUCUGUAUUAUAUCUGCAUUUAAAAUAAAUGUAUCACCAGUAUUUCUCUUUUGCGAGUUGAGCUUUGGCAUAAACUUAUUAUUCCGCGAUAAAUACUCGUCCAAAACAGAUUUUGCUGUCAUAAACAAUACAGGGGUGCCGACUACGAAUUCCAUUAAAAGACAUUAGUGGGUGGUUUGAAUUAAUAACUAUUAUAAUAAGGUGUACUUCCAAUCUUAACAUUGAUGAAGAUUUUUUUACAAACUUUAUUAUACCCAGUCAUUUGUGCCACAUACAAACUUUUUAUAUUGUAUGUAAUAUCUUAUACAUUCCAUAAUUAUAAAAUAAUAGACUGACUAUAGAAGUAUCGAUUAGAAGAUAUAUCAUUUACACAAAAUUAGCAUUAAAUAUUUGGCAACAUCUGAUAACAUUUCCACGCAUAGUUGUGAAGACAACUAUUUCAAUCCACACUACCAUUAGGAGGCGAGUCUUAGUGUGAAAUUCGUCAUAAUAUAAAAAUGGUCGGGAUGAACAUUAUGGAUGAGUAUUAUGAAAAGGGACCGAAAAUAUUAAUAAUUCAUUAAAUUUUUAGAAUAAAUUGGAGCAGACUGAUAUUGAUAAAAAUGAGUAUUAGUAUUUAUUUUCGAAAUAAGAAGUGCAUUUCGAUCAAAACGUAUUGAUUUAUUUAUAUCGGGAGAUUAUUUAGUAUUGCUUUAUGAUACACAAAUAGCUAUUACGUAUUUCUUUUUGUUUUUACAAUUAAUUGUCCGGUUUCUUCCACAUAGUAGCAUUUUAAAUGCUAGUCGUGUGUUAAUAGUCGUAAGAUUUUGAAUAAGAAGCGUCUUUCACUCCAAUUUUUCGGGUAAAAUGUACCUAUUUCAAGGAAAUAAUGGACGCAAUUGUUUAAAAGAAUAUUCAUAUUUGGUGAAAAUAUUUUUUAUCCAAUAAGCAGCUGUAUGAAGGGCGGUUUUUAUUCGGAUCAUUGUUUCCAGGACACCACAUUGUAACAUGUAAUAUCCUCCCCAUCGAUGGUAGUUGUGACUUCAUCCAAGGAUUCGCUAGGAUUAGGGAUAGAUAUUAUUUAAUUCACAAGUAGUUAUAGGUUAUGGUGUUAUAUUAGUACUUAAAUUGUGAAAUUGUACCAAAAAAAUCAACUUAGAACAAAGUUAAUCUCAUAUUAUGAAAUGUGUUGAUUUUGUUGAGACAAACAUUUAAUUGUCAUCUUUUAUUUUAUUUAAUAAUAUAUUCAUGGCUUAUUUAAAGUAAACACCAUUAUUUUACAUAUUUAAACCUGAUUUUCCUUCACCAAAGACCACUUAUAUAUGUAUAAUUCCUGAAAACUAUCAUAAGAAUAUUGUAUUUUUUGAAUACCCAAUUAUACUUAGAUUUAUCUAACUAAAAAGCAUAAAGUUACAAGUAUGACUGUAUGGCAAAUGUGUUUCUUUCUUUGGAUCAACUAAUUUAGAACGAAAAAUAAUGUUAUGCACCAUUUAUCGUGACUAAAAUAGGUUUCCAUGGUUUAAAUUUUCAAAGCAGUAUUUCUCCAUUGUUUUUUAAAUCCCAACUAUUUUAAGUAAUUAAUAAUACUAACAACAAAUUAGAAUUUGAAAAUAAUGCAAUUAUGGUAAAACAUUGAAAAUAAAGUGGUGAAGAUUCAUCUUUUGCCUUUAAUGUUAAAUAAGAUACCCAUUUAUAAAUAUUUUUGCUAACAUAUUGCAACUAGUUAAUAGCUUAUGGGGCAUCACAAAUCACUUAGAUUUUUUAAGAAUAAUUAUUGCACGUUGCAAAUAUUUUUGAGUCAUUAUUAUUUAAUUAUGUAGUAGUACCUUUAUUCAGACUGAGAGUGUAUACCUGUGCUUACUGCUGCCAAAUUUACUAUUGCCAAUUAAAUUUCAUGAAAAAAGUAGUUUACCCUAGACCUAAGCAUUUUAUCUAAAACAAUCUUGCUAAAAUAGUUCUGUAGGUGAAAAGUAAGCUUUGUUAUUUAUAUGUAAAAUAAUAACAUUGAGUUUACUAUACCUUAAAAUUUUGAAUCAUUUUAACAUAGAACCACACAAAGGGCAUCUAGUUUGAUGUAGGACAUUGAUACUUUACUAUUACUUUAGUGAGCUGUUUAACAAUUUCAAAAGAAGCUUAAUACCACCUUCAGAGCUAUGACAAGCAGGUUUAUGCUGUAUGCAACAAACAGGUGAUUCAAAGUUUGAGAUGUUACCUUGUAGUUUCUGCAUUUUGAUCAGAAAAAGUAAGAUUAGUUUCUUUGUUUGAUUGAUUCUAAACAUUAGUUACGCUGGUAAUAUUCCUGCUGUAUAAUAGAAUAUUUACCCAAUUUGGUUAUCAAGAAAUGUAUUUAAUUUUUGUAUAUAAUUGACACUAAAUGUAGUUAUUGUAACUUUCGCAAUAAAAUGUAUU